CGGGCCCUUAGAGCUGGCGGCGCGGCCCGGGCCGGCGGCGCUGGGAAAAUGGCGGUGCGGAAGAAGGACGGCGGCCCCAACGUCAAAUACUACGAGGCCUCAGACACCGUUAGCCAGUUCGACAGCGCGCGCGUCUGGCUGGGGAAGAACUACAAGAAGUAUAUCCAAGCAGAACCACCCACCAAUAAGUCAUUGUCCAGCCUAGUGGUGCAGCUGUUGCAGUUCCAAGAGGAAGUGUUUGGAAAACAUGUCAGCAAUGCACCUCUCACAAAGUUACCGAUCAAAUGCUUCUUAGAUUUCAAAGCUGGUGGUGCUCUUUGUCACAUCCUCGCAGCAGCCUAUAAAUUCAAGAGUGACCAAGGAUGGCGGCGUUUCGAUUUCCAGAAUCCAUCACGGAUGGAUCGCAAUGUGGAGAUGUUCAUGACCAUUGAAAAAUCAUUAGUGCAGAACAAUUGCCUCUCCCGGCCUAACAUCUAUUUACAUCCAGACACCGACCCUAAAUUGCAGGCCAAACUAAAAGACAUCAUCAAACGGCACCAGGGAACAGUAACAGAAGAUAAGAAUAAUGCUUCCCAUAUUGUCUUUCCUGUUCCUGGUAGCCUGGAGGAAGAUUGUACACAUACAGAAGAGUGGGUUCGGCCCAUCAUGAAGAGAGACAAACAGGUUCUUCUGCACUGGGGCUACUACCCUGACAGCUAUGACACUUGGAUCGCAGCAAGUGAAAUUGAAGCCCCUGUGGAGGAUGCCCCAACAGCUGAGAAGCCCCGAAAGGUUCAUGCCAAGUGGAUCCUUGACACAGAUACCUUCAACGAGUGGAUGAAUGAAGAAGACUAUGAGGUAAACGAUGAGAAGAAUCCCGUCUCCCGUAGGAAGAAAAUCUCUGCAAAGACUCUCACAGAUGAGGUUAACAGCCCUGACUCAGACCGACGAGACAAGAAAGGGGGAAACUAUAAGAAAAGGAAGCGUUCUCCCUCUCCUUCACCUACUCCAGAGGCUAAGAAGAAGAAUGCCAAGAAAGGGCCUUCCACUCCCUAUACCAAAUCGAAGCGGGGCCACCGGGAAGAGGAGCAAGAAGACCUCACAAAGGACAUGGAUGAGCCUUCACCUGUCCCCAAUGUUGAAGAAGUCAUACUACCAAAAACAGUGAACACCAAGAAAGACUCUGAAUCUGCUCCUGUGAAGGGGGGCACUAUGACUGAUUUGGACGAACCAGAGGAUGAGAGCAUGGAGACUGCGGGAAAGGAUGAAGAAGAGAACAAUGCUGGCAACAAAGGAGAGCAGACAAAGAACCCUGACCUUCAUGAAGACAACGUGACAGAACAGACUCAUCACAUUAUCAUUCCCAGUUAUGCAGCCUGGUUUGACUAUAACAGUGUCCAUGCCAUUGAGCGAAGAGCCCUCCCGGAAUUUUUCAAUGGCAAGAACAAGUCCAAGACUCCUGAAAUCUACUUGGCAUACCGCAAUUUCAUGAUUGACACAUACCGGCUCAAUCCACAGGAGUACCUAACCUCAACUGCUUGUCGCCGGAAUCUGGCUGGAGAUGUCUGUGCCAUCAUGAGGGUCCAUGCCUUCCUAGAACAGUGGGGACUCAUUAAUUAUCAAGUGGAUGCUGAGAGCCGGCCGACACCCAUGGGACCACCACCCACCUCUCAUUUCCAUGUUCUGGCCGACACUCCUUCAGGGUUGGUGCCACUGCAGCCCAAGACGCCCCAGGGUCGUCAGAGCGACAGUGACACCAAGGCGGGUCGGAAAACCAAGGAAAUUGAGGACCUUGUCACAGAGACGGUGAAAGGGAAACCUGAAAUGCAGACCACAGCUUCCCAGCAGAUGUUGAACUUCCCUGAUAAGAGCAAGGAGAAGCCUCCAGACAUGCAAAACUUUGGGCUGCGUACUGACAUGUACACCAAGAAGAAUGCUCCCUCCAAGAGCAAAGCUGCUGCCAGCGCCACUCGGGAGUGGACCGAGCAGGAGACGCUGCUGCUGCUGGAGGCCUUGGAGAUGUACAAGGAUGACUGGAACAAGGUUUCUGAGCAUGUUGGCAGCCGCACUCAGGACGAGUGCAUCCUACACUUCCUGCGUCUCCCCAUUGAGGACCCUUACCUGGAGGACUCGGAGGCCUCUCUUGGGCCCCUAGCCUACCAGCCCAUCCCCUUCAGCCAGUCAGGCAAUCCUGUCAUGAGCACUGUGGCUUUCCUGGCUUCGGUUGUGGACCCCCGUGUGGCAUCUGCAGCAGCCAAGUCGGCCCUAGAGGAAUUCUCCAAGAUGAAGGAAGAGGUGCCUACAGCCUUGGUUGAAGCUCACGUCCGCAAGGUGGAGGAAGCCGCCAAGGUGACAGGCAAGGCAGACCCGGCAUUUGGGCUGGAGAGCAGCGGAAUUGCAGGGACCACUUCCGAUGAGCUGGAGAGAAUAGGUGAGGGGGGCGAGCGGGGCGUCUUCCGCGCUUCAACCCGUGAAGCGCCCUCGUUGGACCUUGCCCAGUGUGCGGUGGGGACUAAGAAGGGUGCCGAGACGCAAGAGACCAGAGCCGGCCUGGCUUCCGGCCUGGAGCUCACACUCAACCGCCUGGCACAGGAAGAGAGCUGCACAGAUGAGAGUCGAGCAGAACCACAGCCAUCAGAAGAGAAGAAAGAGGUGAAGGAGCCAAGAGAAGGACCCCUGGAGGAGGAAGUAAAAGAGAAACUCGGAGAGGGGCCUAGGAAAGAAGAAGACAAGAACAAAGAGGCUGAUGGAGAGAAGGAAAUGGACAAGAAUGAUGGGGACCCCAUGGCUGAUGGAGACAAGGAGAAAGAGCCCAAGGAUGGCCAGGAAGAGGGACCCAAGGAUCUGGCCGAGAUUGAGAGUGAACGAAAGACCAAGGUGGAGAGGGACAUUGGUGAAGGUAACCUCUCCACUGCAGCAGCUGCUGCUCUGGCUGCUGCAGCAGUAAAGGCAAAGCACUUGGCAGCAGUGGAGGAGCGUAAAAUCAAGUCCCUGGUGGCCUUGCUGGUAGAGACACAGAUGAAGAAACUUGAGAUCAAGUUGAGGCACUUUGAGGAGCUGGAGACCAUCAUGGAUCGGGAGCGUGAGGCACCAAGGAGAUGCAGGGUGAACACAGGCAUGGCUCAUGACUCCUCUGAUAUCGUCCAAGCAGCAGACUAA